AUGGACAAUAUGUCUUAUUUUAAAUUAUUCACUCUGUCAGAGCUCAAAGAAUCAAAGUCAGAUAAAACAAUGUAUUUUGUUCUCUCUUUUUCUGUAUAUGUUUUAAUAAUUGUAUUGAAUGUGAUUUUGAUAGUGACAAUUAUGCUGGAAAAAACCCUCCAUGAGCCCAUGUAUAUUUUUGUGUGUAAUCAGUGUAUUAAUGGAUUGUUUGGAACAACUGGUUUCUACCCCAAAUUCCUAUCAAAUGUGAUCCAUGACUCCCAUGUGAUCACAUAUACAGAAUGCCUUUUGCAAAUUUUUAUGAUUUACACUUAUGUUCAGUGUGACUGUACAACAUUAACAGUGAUGGCAUAUGACAGGUAUGUGGCAAUCUGCAGACCCUUAGACUAUCACUCUAUUAUGACUAAGAACACUCUUGUAAAAUUACUUAUCUUUUCCUGGCUUUUCCCUUCUCUCUCUACAUUAGCAUUAAUUCUGUUAACAUACCGGUUGUCAUUAUGUGGAUCCCACAUUGACAAAUUAUAUUGUGAUAGCUGGUCUAUAGUGAGGCUGUCUUGUGAACCUACAAUCAUUAAUAAUAUAUAUGGAUUGGUUAUGAUAUCCAUAUACAUGUGUUUUGUUGUUGUCAUUAUUUGCUCGUAUAUUAAAUUGGUAGGAGCCUCUAUAAAAUCCACAGACAGCAAAAAAAAGUUUAUGCACACAUGUCUACCACAUUUGGUUACCAUGAUUAACUUUGCAUGUGCUUUAUUUUUUGAUAUACUUAACAACCGAUUUCAAUCACAGGACAUCCCGCGGAGUGUGCGCAAUUUCUUGGCAUUAGAGUUUCUGAUAAUCCCACCUAUUUUCAAUCCUUUUGUCUAUGGACUAAAACUGACUGAACUUCGCAAAAGAGUUCUGAGAAUGUUUAUCAAAGUCAAAGUGGGAGACCCCCAUUACAGUCUAAACAUGGCAAAAUAA